AUGAUUUGAUUUCAUCAAUUGAUCUGAAAUGGAUGAUUUGAUUUGAUCUUCUGGAUUUGAUUCUUGCACUCCAAUUGUCAAUAGAGCAGACUGAAUUCACUACUUAUUCGGAAAUAAACUGCUUGUUUAUUUUCUCUCUCUCUAAGGUUGCGAUUGAUUGAUUGAUUGAGAGAUGGCACCUCGGGACUACAAGCAGGAGCUGGAGUACCUGGAGAAGAGGGGCAAGAACAUGUGGAGGAUCAAGAAGGGCUUCGUGUCCAACAUGAAUGUGGACGGACUCUUCUUCGUCAACGACCACCUCGAGAAACUCAUGUUCGACGAACUACGCAUGCACUGCAAGUUCCAGGGCACUGGUGGAUUCCUUCCAGCCAUGAAGCAGAUUGGCAAUGUGGCUGCUCUUCCAGGCAUAGUGGGCAGAUCCAUAGGCCUCCCGGAUGUGCACAGUGGGUAUGGAUUCGCCAUUGGGAACAUGGCUGCCUUCGACAUGGAUAAUCCGGACAGUAUAGUGUCCCCGGGUGGAGUGGGCUUCGACAUCAACUGUGGAGUGAGACUAUUGAGGACAAACUUGUCAGAGUCAGAUGUCAAGCCUGUGAAAGACCAGCUGGCACAGUCCAUGUUCAACCACAUCCCAGUGGGAGUGGGGUCGAAGGGGGUGAUUCCGAUGGGUGCCAGAGAUCUGGAGGAGGCGCUGGAGAUGGGCAUGGACUGGAGUUUGAGAGAGGGGUAUGUGUGGGCGGAGGACAAGGAACACUGCGAGGAGUAUGGACGGAUGCUACAGGCAGACUCAUCCAAGGUCUCAUUCAAGGCCAAGAAGAGAGGUCUUCCCCAGCUGGGAACUCUAGGAGCGGGUAAUCACUACGCGGAACUGCAAGUGGUGGAUGAGAUAUACAACAGCCAGGCAGCUAGGAAGAUGGGCAUUGACUUCAAGGGACAGGUGUGUGUUAUGGUGCAUUGUGGGUCACGUGGAUUUGGUCACCAGGUGGCCACAGACGCACUCGUCCAGAUGGAGAAGGCCAUGAAGAGGGAUAAAAUAGAGGUGAAUGACAAGCAGCUAGCGUGUGCUAGGAUUCACUCGCAGGAGGGACAGGACUACCUCAAGGCCAUGGCCACAGCCGCCAACUUCGCCUGGGUCAACAGGAGCAGCAUGACCUUCCUCACCAGACAAGCCAUCUCUAAGAUGUUCAACUCCACCCCAGAUGAUCUAGACAUGCACGUGAUCUACGACGUCUCUCACAACAUUGCCAAAAUAGAGACACACAUAGUUGACGGGAAAGAGAAGACUCUUCUAGUCCACCGGAAGGGAUCCACACGUGCAUUCCCCCCACACCACCCCCUGAUACCAGUGGACUACCAGUUAACUGGACAGCCGGUCCUCAUUGGGGGCACUAUGGGCACGUGUAGUUAUGUGUUGACUGGAACUGAACACGGAAUGUCCGAGACAUUUGGAACUACAUGUCAUGGCGCUGGUCGCGCGUUGUCGAGAGCGAAGUCGCGCCGAAAUUUGGAUUAUACGGAAGUGUUAAAUAAAUUGCACGAGCUUGGCAUUUCAAUCAGAGUGGCCAGUCCCAAGUUGGUGAUGGAAGAAGCACCAGAGUCCUACAAGAAUGUGACAGAUGUAGUGGACACCUGUCACCAGGCAGGCAUCAGUCAGAAGUGCGUCAAACUCAGACCGAUUGCCGUCAUCAAGGGAUAAAGAGACUUCUUACGUAAAUAACACGACAUAUAUUCUUUGUGAAUCUUAAUAUGUGUUCUUCCCAGCACCUAUGUUCCAUGGGCAAAAAUUGUUAACCUUCUUCUGUCUGAUUUUUUUUGUUUAUUUGUUUAAACAUUUUUUUACCACUCUUUGUGAUUUUGAUUAGUUAUGCUGACUUAACAUCAUGGGUUACAGCGGAAAAAAGAAAAGCUUGACACAAAUUGGAUAUAACGCAACCCUACAAAUUCACAUCUAUUUGAAAUGAA